UCACACUAGCGCAUCUGCGUUCCAGCGAUGUCGCCCUAUAAAGUAUGCCCCACCGUGUGACGGCAUCAGCAACCCCACCAAAAUUCUACUAUGUAAGACAUCCUUCAUUAGGACAAACCUUAGAACCUUGAAAGACUAUUUCAAAAUGACCAUCUCAACUUCCUGGAGGUCGACAUGACAUAACUACUUUAGAAAUUCGUUUGUACUCAUUAUCUCUUAGUUCAAACUAAUAGAAUUCUCUAUACUGACUUACGAAUAUCAUGAUUGAGGUCUUGAGUACUAAGAAUGCCUAGUAUAGCGCGAAAGCUCUUGAUAUGCGCCGCCGUCGACGGCCUCAUAAUCCAGCCGCUUGCAACAAAAGGGCAGCGAGCCCAACAACCCCUCAAAGUCAAGUAUGGCGAUGCUACAGUAUCCUCGCUUCCUCGCGAUCAACCGCCAGAAACACCAAAGCUAAACUCGUCCUUCGAGGCCUUCGGUGUCGUAGGGCUCUUCACUGUUUCCCGCUUAAGCUAUCUUAUAACUAUUACCGGCCGCCAGCAAGUUGCGCAGAUUCGCGGUUUUCCUGUCUACGUCGUGACCGACGUCGCGCUCACCCCCUGCACGAGCCGAGCCGAAGCCGAAAUAGCCAUUGCGAAUACGGCGACUAAGCUCCGACGCGCGUCAGCAGACAAGUUUGUCGACGAUAGCGACUCAGAAAGCGAGGUCGAGGGGCCUUCGUUUUCUGGUGUUGAUGACACAGAAGAUCCAGGCGCCUUAAGCGACCGUGAAACUUCUGAAAACAAAGAUGUGUCUGAGGCGGGAGGCGAGAGAAGCAGUAUAGCAGAAGACGUCAUCAAACGUCGCGGUAGCUAUGGACGCUUCGCACAACGCUGGUUCAGUCGCAAAGGUUGGAUGAUGGACCAAAAGCGCAAUUUGGGCAUGAGCAGCGUGGUAGCAGAGGCUCCAGACAGCCCAACUAACAAACCGAAAAACGGGAGUCCUGAAAGGGAGUUGAGUGAAGCAGUAAAGCAGGAGGGGGUCGAUCCUCCAUCAACGCCGUCCGUUGGAGAGAGCUUGAUGCCCAAGUUAAUACGAUUUGCGCACAUUUGGCUUGGGACAUCCCGGAGCUUCUUCUUCUCUUAUGACGUGGACCUCACGAGGGGCGUUGCUAAUGCGCCCUCCACGACAGAAAAAACAAACCUUCCGCUACACCAAAUAGCUGAUUCAACGUUCUUCUGGAACCAGAACUUGAUGAAGCCCUUCCAAGGCUCUGGUAACGACUCAAUAAUAUUGCCCCUAAUGCAAGGCUUUGUGGGACAAAGGACGUUCGUCGUAGAUCGUCAUCCGCCGCAGUCCGAUUCUCAGGAAGAUUCGAUGGAAAUGGCUGAUAUGUCACCUCCUCCGGAACGUGAUACCGAAUUCUUUUCUCCGGAAAGAGCAUCUGUUGAUCUGAGACCAUCUGAAAAGAAGUUUGCCAUCACGGUGAUUUCCAGAAGGUCAACAAGGCGGGCUGGGCUGCGUUAUCUACGACGCGGCAUAGACGACAAUGGGCACGCUGCGAAUUUUGUUGAGACGGAACAGAUACUCUCAACUCCGACGUGGGACCCAACGUCCAAGAUCUUCUCGUUUGUCCAGGUGCGAGGAAGCAUACCACUUUUCUUUACCCAGUCACCCUACUCCCUCAAGCCGAUCCCGGUACUACAACAUUCCCCCGAAGCCAAUUAUCGAGCGUUCAAGAAACACUUCGAACUUUUAGGUAACACAUAUGGAGAUAUACAACUCGUAAAUUUAGUUGAGAAGCACGGUGUCGAGGCUAUAGUCGGGAACGAGUACGAGAAGACCGUCCAGAAAUUUAAUGAACAAAGGGCAGAAGACACUCAACCACUCGCUUUCGAAUGGUUCGACUUUCACUCCGCAUGCCGCGGAAUGAAAUUUGAGAAUGUGAGCCUGCUUUUGGAUACUUUGGGUAAAAAAAUAGAAGAGGAGAGUAGCACAGUAGAAAAGGGGGGCCAGAUAGAACGGAAGCAAAACGGCGUGUUGAGGACGAAUUGCAUGGAUUGUCUAGAUCGUACCAACGUCUGUCAGAGUUCCUUUGGGAAGUUCAUGCUUGAUCUGCAGUUAAGAGAGGAGGGUUUCGACAUGUCAGCCCAGCUCGACCAGGAGAACUCGUGGUUCAAUACACUUUGGGCUGACAAUGGAGAUGCUAUAUCCAAACAAUAUGCCUCUACUGCUGCAAUGAAAGGCGAUUAUACUAGAACGAGGAAACGAGACUACCGUGGAAUGGUGAACGACCUUGGACUAUCCCUUACACGGUUCUACAACGGAAUGGUCAACGAUUAUUUUUCGCAGGCCGCUAUCGAUUUUUUCUUAGGCAAUUUUUCAUCUAUGGUCUUCGACGAGUUUGAAGCAACUAUGAUGAGCAAAGAUCCCGGCGUUUCGAUGUCAAAGAUGAGGGAGCAGGCUAUCGAGACAUCCCAGAAAAUCGUCAUCGAGGAUGAUAAAGAAGAUUUUAUCGGCGGGUGGACUUUGUUGAGCCCUAAUACGUCUGGUUCUAUCAAGACCUCGCUGUUUGAAGAAGUGGUGCUUCUUCUGACCGACACAGCGCUGUAUUUAUGCCGAUUCGACUGGAAACUUGACAAAGUAUCUUCUUUUGAAAGGGUGGAUCUGGCACACGUAGUCGGCAUAAAAGUUGGCACGUAUAUAACCUCCGCCAUCUCUCCCGCGGAAGCCGACGAAUCGAGGAACGUCGGACUCGUCAUCACCUAUGAACCAGGCAAGUUCGAUGUCAAGCGAACUAACACACGAUCGCUAUCCAGUACGUCGGGACAGUCAGAUCACAUAUCGGGCAAGGAUGUACUUGGCAGUCCGGCAAAAGCCCCAGCCGCUGUAUCUGGAAUCUUGAACCAAGCUAUUCUUAACGCAAUCGCGGGCAAGCCGCAGUCGCAGCCGCAACCUCCACGAAAGAUCGCCCUCAAAGCGCUGCAUUCCAGGACGGCAGUAUCGGAUACGAAGGACACGAAGAAGAUGACGGAGAGCGAACAGAUCAACGUUAUCGCUGCGGAGAUCGAAAGGCUGGUCUUCCUCAGCCAACCGAUCCCGACGGAUUCGGAGCGGAAGAGCAUGAUAGAGAGAGGGGACAUCAUCUCCCUCGCCGAGGCGAAGAAGAGCACGGGGAUUCUGGAGCAGUGGGGCCAUAGCAUAAAGAAGUUGGUUUGGGCAUAGACGGAUCUUUAUAGCUGCCCAUUACGAAGUGUAUAUAA